AUGUAUAGGAAUACAGUUAGUGAAAAGAUACGAGGCAUCGCUCAACAGGCCUUGGAGAAGUAUCAGGGCAAGAUACCAAGCUCAUACACUUGGGAGGAGAUUGCAAAUCAUAAUCAACGUGAUGACUUUUGGACAGUGGUCAAUGGUUAUGUCUAUGAUCUCACUGCAUACUUGAUGAUGCAUCCUGGCGGCUUCAACUUCCUGUUCAGAUGUGCUGGAGCCAAUGCCACUGCUGACUUUGAGGCCAUGUAUCACAGCAAGAAUGCAAAGCUCAUUCUAGAGUGUUUCUGCAUUGGACGUGUGGCACCUGGUUCAAUUGCGCCUUCCUCUUCAUCCUCAACAUUGGCACCUACAUCGUCAGUGCCCUUCAAACAACCAUUUCUCAAACCAUCUGCACAACCUCUGCGGAGUGUUCAAUCAAACACAACCAGUAGCAGCAGUAACAACAACAAUAGCGUCAAGACCAUUAUAACACCAACACAAACAACACCUCAGCCAGUUACAACAGUAACAGCAGCAACAGUAACAAUAACACAAACCAAACGACCAUCUGUUAUGCUUGCGACAACGUCAAUCGUGACAAAGAAACAGAUUACUAGCGAUACAUAUAUGAUUGAAAUGAAGCCUCCUGGAACACUCAAGAGUGAUGAUUGGAUGAGACCAUUGACACAUGUAUCACUGGCAAGGUUGAACGACGAAGAGUUUCGCAGCUACACGCCAAUUGGUUGUAGGAUCGAAUCGACUACAGAGCUCAAGAACGAAUACUAUCUACAAUUCAUGAUCAAGGGAUAUGAAUCAGGUGAUGUUUCAAAGAGUAUCACUCAGAUGAAUGUAGGUGAUAGUCUACAGAUCAAGGGACCAAUCGAGACCAAUGAUUCGUUCAAUCUACACACCUACAGCAAACCAUACAUCAUUGGCAUUGCAGGUGGAACUGGUAUCACUCCAAUGUUACAAAUAUUGAACGAUAUGUUUGAUGGCCACCAGCAACAGCAACAACAUCAAUCAAAGGAUGAUACAAUGAUCACUCAACUAUCGAUUACAACGACAUCACCUCAUAUGAUACUGGUCUAUUCAAACAAGACUCAAUCGGAUAUAUUAUAUCGACAGGAAUUGGAGGCACUGCAACAAAGACAUCCAAAUCGAUUGACUAUAUACUAUUGUUUGACUCAACAGUUGGAUGGCGCCAAUGCAGAUGGCUUGGUGGGCAAUUUUCGCUAUGGAAGGAUAUCAAGAGAGAUGCUCGUCGAACUACUAUCACAUCACAGCAGUGUCACUGCUGACAACAACGAUGUGUUGGUCUGUGGAACAGUGUCGUUCAACCAAACGAUCAAACAACACAUCGAGUCAAUUGGUUACAACUCUGUCAAUUCAAAGAUACACCUACUCGAGUAA